AUGGAUGGCUUCAACGACCUCCUUAGGGACGCAAAUACUACGGCGCCUUUUCUGCAAGACUUUCUCGGACGAAUACCAGGCCUAGCAUGGCUUCAGAGUUUUGUCUCUCAAUGGUUGAAGCUUGAUAUUACAACUAUUGCGGCUGCACUCACCAUCUUGGGGACAAUUUCAGGCGUUCUUGGCUUCCUCCAGACGAUAGCUGUCAAAUUAUACUGGUACAUCACUCGAUUCUUUACAGCAUCAGUUUCCAUCAAUGCCCGAGAUAAACUCAACCGGGAGGUUCUCAACUGGCUGGGUGCGCAAGUUCUUGUGCGGCAGGGCACUCGCAUCGUUACUGCACGUUCUGAGAAAAUCGAAAGUGAUGCCUUUUAUUACCGCCGUACACCAGAGCCUCGGGAUGACUACAGCAUGGACAAACGAAAGCCGAUUCAGUAUCUCCCCACCUUCGGUACUACGUGGUUCACUCACGAGCGGAACGUUUUCAUUGUGCGACGAGUCUCCGGCAACUCCUCUGGAAUGUCAUUUGUGGAUCAAGUGCCGGAUGAGUUCGCAGCUGCGCCAGAAGGAGAUGAGCCACUCAUCGUGAUGUGCCUCGGCCGUUCUGUUGAGCCGAUCAAGCGCUUCCUUGAUGCCUGUCGUGAUUUCGCGGAGAAGGAGCGCGAAUCAUAUGUGACAGUCAGAGCCUCCAAAUCUCAAUAUGGCGACGAGUCCUGGGAGACGACUAUCCUACGCCCGAUCCGGCCGCUCGAGACUAUUCACUUUGAUGAGAAGACCAAGGCAGAGCUAGUAGCUGAUAUCAGAAACUAUCUCGACCCCGCGACUCGGCGCUUUUAUACGCAGCGCGGAAUUCCAUAUCGGCGUGGAUACCUUCUACACGGGCCUGCAGGCACUGGCAAGACGAGCUUGUCCCUUGGUCUGGCUGGACUCUUUGGUCUUGAGCUCUAUCUUCUUCACGUCCCAAGCGUGCGCACAGAUACCGACCUAGAACGUCUUUUUACCACACUUCCGCCAAGAUGCUUCAUCUUGCUCGAAGACAUUGACGCAGUCGGGAUCAAGAACCGUGGCAACUUCGAUCAAGAUGAGCGGGAAGAAAACGAUGAGGAUGAUGAAGACGAUGAUGACCGCUCGCACUUUGGCCCUCGCUGCCACAUCUCCCUGUCAGGGCUACUUAACGUUCUGGACGGCGUUGCUUCUCAGGAGGGACGCAUCGUAUUAAUGACUUCCAACUUCGCCGAGAAACUUGAUCGAGCCCUUGUCCGACCAGGCCGUAUUGACAAGAUGAUUUUCCUGGGAAACAUCUCGCCUCGUAGCGCAGAGCUCAUGUUCAAGCGCAUGUACGAGUUUGACCCUUCCAACCCAUCGGCACAAGCAAUCCAAGCCAUCGGGGAGGACGAGCUGCAGAAGCUGGCACUCAGCUUCAGCCGCAAGAUCGAGGAAAACACAUUUACACCAGCCCAAAUACAGGGCUACCUUCUCAACUGGCGUAGCGACCCUCAGGGCGCUGUCGACAACCUGAUUGAAUGGUCGAAAGAGGAAAUCGCCCUGAUGGAAGAGGCCAAGAGGCGGGCAAAGGAGGCGGCAGUCGCCAGGAAGAAGAGGAAACAGAAGCAGCUCAACCUUGUCCUGGGGCCCAACAUGAUGGGUGGCGUGCCGAAUAUGGCAUUGAAUGGGCUUCAGAGCCAGGUUCAUGGUCUGCCCACGCCUCCUCAAAGUGCCAUUAGUGCAAAGCCGCAGAGCGGCGAGUCGGUUGGCUCAGUAGAUGUCGUCUCGUAUGAGGAGACAAAGGAGGCCAAGGAGAAGACGGCCGAGACACAAACAACAUAA